AUGGSGACUUACGACGACUACACUGUCGCUUGUAUUUGCGCUCUACCUGCGGAGGUAGCAGCAGUCAAAGCGGUGCUCGAUCUUAUCCACCCUGACCUACCCAGGAAUCCGGCUGUAAAGGACACCAAUGCCUAUGUGCUAGGAAGUCUUUUCGGUCACAAUGUCGUGCUCGCAUAUCCGGCAUUUGGGGUGUCUGGAACGGUUUCGGUCGCGAGUGUGGCAAUGCAGCUGCGCGCGAGCUUCAAGUCAAUCCGAUUCAGCUUGAUAGUUGCUACUGGCGGAGGGGUGCCUGGUACGAAGGAGGACAUUCGUCUUGGGGACAUCGUUGUAAGCACGCCGACAGCUGGUCGUCCAGGUCUCGUGCAUCAUCAACAUAGCGGAAAAGCUACGGUAGAUCAACCUUUCAGCGGCGAUUUACUGGAUCAGCCAUCAGCUUUGCUCCUUACAGCAGUUGGCAAGACCGAGACAGGUGCCAUUUUUGGGGAAAGUCGGAUUCCACUUUACCUCUCCCAGAUUGUGCAAACGGAUCCCGCGGUCUUUGCUCAUCCAGGCCCAGAACAAGAUAUACUCUUUGACUCAAAACACGAACAUGCGGGCGUCGAAUCCGGCGAGAACGGGGGCCAUCGCGGCACCCUAGAUGGAUUUCGCCACCGGCAGCCACGGGACUCCUCAGACCCAGUGGUCCAUUAUGGUGGACUUGCCUCCAUGAAUCAAUUGAUGGGUCAUGAAGCGAGUCUAGAAACUUCGGUAUAUGAGCUUGGAGGCUUGUCUUUUGAAGAAGAGACGGCUGGUUUGGUGGACGCUGCCCAAUGUCUGCAGAUCCGAGGAAUAUGUGACUAUGGAGACUCGCACAACUCAAAGCUCUGGCGUGCCUAUGCCGCCGCCGCAGCUGCUGCAUAUGUCAAGGAGUUGUUGUCGUUCAUCCCCAUCGCCCCAAAGCAGAUACCUCUGGCAGAAGWCACAUAUGCAAUGGCCGCACCGGUGCUCGAUGCUUUGCUGUUAACCAGACCUGAAGUUGAUCGAACAUCUCUCAUUGUGUUGAAAGGGCGGAGAGUCGACGGUACCUGCGAAUGGCUCGCGCAAAACCCUCAAUACCGAGAAUGGCUAGUAGACGACAAAUCAUCACUAUUUUGGAUCUCAGGWGGCCCUGGGAAGGGUAAAACUAUGCUUGCCAUCUACAUUACAGAUAUCUUACAGCCACCACCUGCUGCGGUCGACGAUGUUCUUCUCUAUUAUUUCUGCAGCAACCGAGACAAAAAUAGAAACACUGCAGUGACCAUCAUGCGAGGGAUUCUACAUCAAUGGCUCAACGGUCAUCGUCACUUGGCACGACACAUCAAGAACUCUUUCAAAGGCACUGAGACGACGAAGUAUACCAUUUCAAACUUUACAACCUUGUGGAGAACUUUUCUGACCCUGCUUCAGCAAAGCGGGUCUCGCCAGGUCGUGUGCGUGCUGGACGGAUUGGAUGAAUGCGAAAAGGAAUCUCUUGGACAGCUUCUCGAUGCCGUACGAAGCUACCUCUCCAACGCCGAUGGGAAAUGCAGGCCGCGCCUCAAAUUCAUCUUUCUCUCCCGCCCUCAGCCGGCUCUGUUGGAAAACAAGCUUAACCAAUACCGCCGAAUUAAGUUGGAUGACUCAGAUAAAGRGAUCGCAAACGAUGUCGAGAGAUAUAUCUUCGCCAAGGUUGAUGAAUUAGCAUCUGAGCAGGAGUUCUCUGAGGAUAUGGUUCUGCAUGUUCGUCAGGCUUUGUUGGCUGGCGCGGAAGGUACUUUCCUAUGGGUUGGGUUCGUCGCCAAUGAGCUCAAGGGAAGAAGUUGGGAAAAGAUGAGUGAACUUCUCCACGGCGUGCCAAAAGGUCUUGGUGGGAUCUAUCGGAAGCUACUUCAACAAAUUGAGGAAAAGGAGCAACUGGUUCCCAUUCUCCAGUGGAUUGUACUCGCCGCCAGACCUCUUACAAUUGAUGAACUGACUGUGGCUGCGGAAGUCAAGCCAUCGAGUGGCCUUCCGCCAGUCCAGGUGACGAAGAAUCUGCUUGCAUCCUGCGGGCUGCUGGUGAAAAUUGAAAGCGACGUAGUCAACCUCGUCCACGAGUCGGCAAAGGACUUUUUCCAGAGCGAUCAGGUCGAUUUUGAAGGGAUCAAUAUGUUCUACAUGAGUCGGGAGACACAUUGGAUUCUCAUGCGGCACUGCCUUACAGUCGUCGAACAAAGCUACGGAAGCCUUGGGGGUGUCGACGAGAAGUCUGCUCGCAAUUCUCUCUUCGGUUAUGCUAGCUUACAUUGGCCGAUGCACUUUCAACUCGCCAUUGAAGUGCUUGAUGCAAUGCCUGAGUUACCACAUCAGUUCUUCCGACUGCAUUCUCCUGUCCGAGACGAAUGGUGGAGGUUCUACUGGGAGCAGGAGAAGAAUGGUGGAGAGCCACCCGCUUUCACACUCUUACACCUAGCUGCGUACCUUGGUAAUUUGGUCUGGGCCCAGGCACUUCUCGACAAGCAUGCGCGCCUGCUUUCGCGAAAGGACAACUACGGGCGGACUUCGCUAUCCUGGGCUGUCAAAAAGGGGCAUCGAGACAUGGUUCAAUUGUUACUUGAUCACGGAGCUCAGAUCAAUGCCAAAGAUCGAAGCGGUCUUACUGCUCUCCAUAUUGCAGUCGCGGGAGAGAAUAGAGACAUUGUGGCACUACUCCUUGAUAGUGACGCUAGCGUGGAGGCAAAAGCCACUAGUGGCGAUACACCCCUGGUUUUGGCCAUCCAGGCAUAUUCGAAGGAGAUCGUUGAGUUGCUUCUCACGCACGAAGCGCGCGUGGAUGGACUACCGCUCCCUUCAGGGAUUGCCUGUCUGAAAGGACCUACCGAACCGAUGGAAGAGCGAGUUCAAGAGCUUCUAGGACUUCAAGAACAGCUGCUUUCAGAGAGAUACAAGCUGUCUUCCAAGAAAAGUGACUUGAUCAUGAAACUUCUAGGCCUUUCUUUCCGAAUCCCAGUCAUUAUCCAGCUGAUGACGGUGUACUUGAAGCACAUGGCACUUGGUCGCUGGGAUCGAUUUUCUCUAUUGCAAGAUCUUGUCAAAGAGAACAGAAUAAACGAGCUGCGAACAUGGAUGCAGACAUAUCGCAAAUUCUACAUUCAGCUUGUCGUCGCCAGGAAUCCUAGCAGCCUGGCAGCCAUGGCUGAUCUUCCAACUUUGGUAUUCCAGGCGGUCUCCACGGAAGAUCUACAGGCACUGCUGGUAAUGGGAGUUCUCGUAGGCUCAGAAGCCAAACUCGCAGCUGUUCGACACGAAUGGAGGGAAGGAGACGCCAUACUAGGCAGAGCAUUCGCAAAGUGGGCUUCCAUCGCCUAUCGUAGAGACGCCGAGGAAUCUUUACAUUAUGGAGUACGCGAAUUCCUGGCCGAUUACGAUGUCUGCAUCCGCAGUGGUGGCAAGGAAGAUAACGUGGCCCGCGCGGUUGUACUCCUCACAUCGCAAUGUACUAUGCUUGAGAACCAGGAUCCGCGGCCAAUCGAAUAUUUCUCCACGGUGGUUGCGGAGUUCUAUGAAGGAUAUAUUGGCGGACGAUACGAGCAUUCUCUGUUCAAUGAUGCGAAUCAAGCGUGCGCUUAUGAGCUCGCUGCUAUAAGCGAAAAUCGUGACUCUUCGAGUUUACUCCUUUUGCUAAGGAGUAUACUCCAAUUUGCUCACCGUUCUCGAGAGAAAGGGCAGGAUCGGUUUCUCGGUAUGCCUGCUGCGUCUUGUCUGAUCCUCUGCCAGAAGAAUUCCAACGCCCACCGAUGGUUGAUUGCCGAGGCGAUACCAGAGACAAUGAGCGCCUUGGUCUCGCAGCAACAACAAGGACAGCUUCAGACGCGGGCGUGCAGGGGCUUUGUGGAGUGUCUGAUUGUCGGGAAGCGGUAUGGGUUGGUACUACCUGCUGCGUUGRGACGAAGAGUGAAAGAACAACUUGGUUCGUUGAUAGGAGUCGACGUAAUGCUCGAUCAGAUCUUGGACUCCUGA